GAGUAUUUCCAACUAUGACUUCCUUUAAAAUUGUCAAAGGAAAUGCCAAGAGCCAUCAUUGUUUCAUUUAACAUACCUCAUAUAUGAAGUCUUUGAUAUACUACUUAUCGAAUUUUGAUUGAAAAUAGUUCUGAACAUAUAUAAUUACAGUUGUGUGUACAUAGACGCUUCCUUGAAAUAAAAACAAAACUGCGGAAUGGCUACAAUAAAAAAAAAAUAAACAAUGAAAGAAUGAAGUUCAUGUUUGUGUAUCGAACCAGGCUAAUACUUAUAUAAAAGGAUAGAUAAAGCCACUUGAUGAAUCAUAUUAUUCAUGGUUAUCUUUCCACAGACACAUGAGGAGAGCAUUUGUUCAUGGGGUGAAUGGAGUGGCCGUGGCUAAACACAGUGUACUACAAGGAGGAGUAGAAGCUGGUGCUCCAACAAGAGCUGUUCCUGCAGCACAUGCAGCCAUACAAGCAACAAAAUUAAGUGGUCCAGCAGUCACUGAUGAGAUGCAAUAUAAUAAUGAUAUGAAUAAGGUAAUAAGAUGA